AUGAUCGUGGUGGUUGCGAUUCCGAUAAAGGCAGGGAUAGACGGCUGGGGUGUAGGUGUACCCAAAUUUUCUAGCCAUCUACAGUCGAAUCAACAACUCCUGCCUAACAAUCAUAUGGCUCUAUCGCUGUCUGUUGAUGGAUGGCCUCCUCCAGUGAGGCGGAAACACCGAGCUGACGGGAAACGGACCAUGCGGCUGCAAAAGAUACCUUGUUGGGCUCAAGAUCUCUAUCAUCGUAAAAUCAUAUCGUUAGGCAAGCACGCCUCUACCAGCAGUUCGCCGAACAGUGGCAUCAGUGGCUGUGACAAUAACCAAAUUUAA